AUGAAGGUCGGGGUGACAACAACGACAAGGCGAGCAGGGGAUGAAGGGCGGGCCGACACAGGCGACAGCAACGACAAGGCGAAGAUGAAGUCUGAAUCGUUAGCAACGACAAGGCGAGCAGAGGAAAAGACGAAGCUAGCUGCGGUUGGGAGAAGAAUAGAAGAUGAGAAGAAGAGGAAAGGGUUUGGGGGUGGUUUUGCCGUCCAAAUGAAAGAUGGUGGUGGCAGAGGCGGUGGGCGGCCUAUGAAACAGCUCGGCGCCGACCUCGUCGAACCUCAAACACCAAUGGACUCGGAAUUCUCUACGACGAAGGCGCUUGCUUCCGGUACGGACUCCGACUUCGGGUUCGCUUUCAACGAUCAGAAUUUCUCCGAUAGGAUCCUUCAGCUAGAGAUCAUCCCCGACCUACCGGAGUCCGAAAUCGACGGCGGAGAUGGUAGCGUCACCCUCACCGAGUGGGCCAGAGAUCGGAAGCGUCGGAGGGAGGAGAUCAAGAAGGAGAACGAAGCUGCAGAAUCUACAGGAAUAAAACUGGAGCUGGUGGAAGAUUUGACUAUCCCACAAACAGAGGAAACUUUGGCCUAUGACAACCAAGAUGAGGAAGCUGUUGCUAUGAUGGAGGAUUGUGGUGAAGAUGGUGGGGUACAUUUGAAUGAUCAAGGUGAAGAUUCCCCUCGUGGCAGUGAAUCGAGCUGGAGCAGGGAUUCAGCUGUUCUUAGGGUUAGUACUAUACAUAUCAGCUCACCAAUAUUAGCUGCAAAGAGCCCAUUCUUUUACAAGUUGUUCUCCAAUGGAAUGAAAGAGUCGGAUCAACGCCAUGUAACUCUUCGGAUUCACGAAUGUGAAGAAGCAGCCUUGAUGGAACUGCUGAAUUUUAUGUACAGUGGCACCUUAUCAAAGACCACAGCUCCAGCUUUGUUGGAUGUAUUGAUGGCGGCUGACAAGUUUGAAGUUUCAUCAUGCAUGAGAUACUGCAGUAGGUUACUGAGGAAUUUGCCUAUGACUAGUGAGUCAGCGUUCCUGUAUUUGGACCUUCCUUCUACUGUUAUAAUGGCUGAAGCAGUUCAGCCAUUGACCGACGCUGCAAAACAAUAUCUUGCUGGCCAAUACAAAGACGUAUCUAAGUUCCAGGAAGAGGUGCUCAACAUGCCAUUGGCUGGUAUUGAGGCAAUAUUUUCAAGUGAUGAUGUCCAAGUAGCUUCAGAGGAUGCCGUGUAUGAUUUCUUGCUUAAGUGGGCGCGCCUUCAUUACCCCAGAUUAGAUGAACGCCGAGAAGUCAUGGGAACGAGACUUGCAAGACUAAUCCGUUUUCCCUUCAUGACAUCCCGAAAGCUCAAGAAGGUAUUGACUUGUAAUGACUUGGACCACGAACUUGCCUCCAAGGUUGUUAUCGAUACUCUGUUUUUCAAGUGUGAGACGCCAUAUAGACAACGUGCCCUUGCUUCAGAGGAGUCAAACACCUCCCAUCGCCGGCUUGUGGAGCGGGCGUACAAGUAUCGUCCUAUUAAGGUGGUGGAUUUCGAACUCCCCAGGCCACAGUGUGUAGUGUACCUGGACUUCAAACGUGAGGAAUGUUCGCAACUAUUUCCAGCUGGCAGGGUGUAUUCACAAGCAUUUCACCUCGGAGGGCAGGGGUUUUUCUUGUCUGGCCACUGCAAUAUGGACCAACAGAGCUCUUUUCACUGCUUUGGACUGUUUCUAGGGAUGCAAGAGAAAGGAUCAGUGAGCUUUGCUGUUGACUAUGAGUUUGCUGCGAGGUCUAAGCCAACCGAUGAGUUUGUCAGUAAGUAUAAAGGGAACUAUACUUUCACUGGAGGGAAGGCUGUGGGUUACCGGAACUUGUUUGGAGUACCGUGGGCAACGUUCAUGGCUGAUGACAGCCCUUUCUUCAUCAAUGACAUUCUCCAUCUCAGAGCAGAACUGACCCUCAAGCAAUGAGUAUUCUCGGCAAGCCACUGACUCGACUUACCUUGUGGAUCGAUUUCUUGAAUGCUCAUAAAUUUACAUUUGCUAGUGAACUGUGAGCUGCAGUUCAACUAAAACUUGCCGAUUCUACACAUGUAACCUACUUGGUUGAAGGAUUCUAUAAUGGAGCUAAUGAAGACGUUCUUUUUUUUUAUUAUCCCUAGUGAUCUGCCACGAUGAAUGUGUGCUCUGUUUGCAUAGCUUUUGUAGCUUGAUUUUUUUCAUCAUUCAUUCAUCCAAACGACCUCUAGCCGAUGCUCGA